CCGUGCAAGAAUUCGACAUCCGGAGACGAUUUCGUAAAUCAAUAAAACCAUUAGAAAAUAAUUCACUUCAGAGUUCACACUACUGCCACUUCUAUCCUCUUAUCCUCAAAAGCCCGACGUGAACGUUGCCUCGCACCCACACCCUCAGCACAAUCCUCCACCAUGGCCGGACUUCUGGGUGGCUCCUCUUCCGCACUUCUUUUCGCUUCCAGAGGCCCUGCCUCUGCCUCUUCCAGACGGACCUCCAUCGCUUCGACCAAUGGUCAGAUUUUUGGAAGAAACUUGAGAAAAGAUUUUGUUGGUGGUCUGAGAAAGGGGAGAUCUCAUUUCCGACUCUCAGUUGCAAAUGUGGCUACGGAACUCAGUUCCGUUGAACAGGCCGAGAACCUUGCAGCGAAAGAAAGCCAGCGCCCCGUCUUUCCAUUCUCUGCUAUUGUAGGCCAGGAUGAAAUGAAAUUAUGUCUUCUGCUGAAUGUGAUUGACCCAAAGAUUGGUGGUGUUAUGAUUAUGGGUGAUAGAGGAACUGGGAAAUCCACUACUGUUAGGUCCCUUGUGGACUUGCUACCAGAAAUUAAAGUCGUUGCUGGUGACCCGUUCAAUUCUGAUCCGAGUGAUCCUGAGACAAUGGGGAUGGAAGUAAGAGACAAAAUACUACAGGGGGAGAAGCUCCCAGUAUUGACAACCAAGAUUACCAUGGUUGACUUGCCACUUGGUGCCACAGAAGAUAGGGUCUGUGGUACGAUCGAUAUUGAAAAGGCACUCACUGAAGGUGUUAAGGCAUUUGAACCUGGUCUACUUGCCAAAGCUAAUAGAGGAAUCCUUUAUGUUGACGAAGUUAAUCUGUUGGAUGAUCAUUUGGUAGAUGUUCUGUUAGAUUCUGCAGCUUCUGGAUGGAAUACAGUAGAACGAGAAGGAAUAUCAAUCUCUCAUCCUGCUCGGUUUAUUCUGAUAGGUUCAGGAAACCCUGAAGAAGGUGAACUGAGGCCUCAGCUUCUGGACAGGUUUGGAAUGCAUGCACAAGUUGGGACUGUAAAGGAUGCAGAAUUAAGAGUUAAAAUAGUUGAGGAGAGGGCAAAGUUUGACCAAAACCCAAAGGUUUUUCGAGAAGGCUACAGGGUAGAGCAGGAAAAGCUUCAAAAUCAGAUCUCUGGAGCAAGAGAAAACCUUUCUUCUGUUCAGAUAGAUCAUGACCUCCGUGUUAAGAUCUCAAAGGUGUGUGCUGAACUAAACGUUGAUGGACUAAGAGGGGAUAUUGUUACAAACAGAGCUGCAAAGGCUUUAGCUGCCUUAAAGGGCAGGGAAAAAGUGACCGCUGAAGAUAUAGCAGUGGUCAUUCCGAACUGCUUGAGACAUCGUCUUAGGAAGGACCCAUUGGAGUCUAUUGAUUCAGGAUUGCUUGUUAUAGAGAAAUUCUAUGAGGUUUUUAGCUGAAUUGGUGAUUGUGUUCUGCUUCAAAUUUUGCUGUUAAAUUUGCCACAUUAUUUCAUUUACGGUUCUUUAUAUGCCUAGAGGAGAAAAUCAACAAUCUACGUGUUUCAGUUUUUCAGUGUUCCAAGUGAAAUAUAUUUCUAAUUUGCUGGGA